CCCCAGCUGGGCCAAUGAGCGGCGGCGGGAGGUGAAAUCCGGUUCUAACCGGUCCGGGGCUCCCAGCGCUAUAAAAACUUUAUAAACCCCCCGGAGCCUGAGCAGUGUGAAGAGGCGAGAACGACCCCCGGACCGACCAAAGCCGCGCGCCGCUGCAUCCCCGCGUCCAGCGCCUGCGUCCCGCUGCCGUCGCCACCAUGCCCAAGAGAAAGGCUGAAGGGGAUGCUAAAGGAGAUAAAGCCAAGGUGAAAGACGAACCACAGAGAAGAUCUGCAAGGUUGUCUGCCAAACCUGCUCCUCCAAAGCCAGAGCCCAAGCCUAAAAAGGCCCCUGCAAAGAAGGGAGAGAAGGUACCCAAAGGGAAAAAGGGAAAAGCUGACACUGGCAAGGAUGGGAAUAACCCUGCAGAAAAUGGAGAUGCCAAAACAGACCAGGCACAGAAAGCUGAAGGUGCUGGAGAUGCCAAGUGAAGUGUGUGCGUUUUUGAUAACUGUGUACUUCUGGUGACUGUACAGUUUGAAAUACUAUUUUUUAUCAAGUUUUAUAAAAAUGCAGAAUUUUGUUUUACUUUUUUUUUUUUUUUUAAGCUAUGUUGUUAGCACACAGAACACUUCAUUGUUGUUUUUCGGGGGAAGGAGCAUAUGUCACUAGUAGAAUGUCUCUAAAGCUGGAUUGCUAUGGGGGAAGACACCUUUCCCUUCUAGUUUUGAGAGACUUCCUCUUUGUUCCCAAGAGGAAGGGAUUCCCUGAUGUUGGCACACAUAGCCACCUUGGCACAAAUGCCUUGUGGUAUGGAAAAACUCAAACUCAUCUGUAUGUCCUCCUGUCCCUCUCUGCCAUCGGCAUAGACUUAAUUCCCCUAAACUCAGACCUAUUGGGACCUGAUUCCCAACGAUUGGUUUUACCAGUGUGUGGGGCAAUCUGGACUUUCCAGUGACGUCAUUGAGAAUAGUGUCCCUCAGAAGAGCAGCAGUUCCUUUUCUAGAUUGUGGAUCUUCAGAUUAAUAAUUUUUGCCAUUUUCCUUUCAUUUCCUGAAAGUCAGGGUCGGCUUGUGAAAAGUUGUUAAACAACAUGCUAAAUGUGAAAUGUCAACCCUCACUCUAAACUUUCCCUAUUCAGAGCAUCAAAUGAAGACUUCAUUGGGUUUUAUAGUGGCUUUCUGAUUUUGGUAGUCCAUUCAAGAAAGGAGUUUGAAAGUUGUUGUAUACUGUUAACGAUUGUCUGCCCAUGUCCUGCCUGAAAUACCAUGAUUGUUUAUGAAAAGUAUCUUUAAUAAAGCUGGAUACAGUUUGGCUUGGAAUGCUGCCUCUGAUCUUUUCCCACCAAUGGGGAACCUGGCUUCUCCAAGUCUCUUGAGACUGGAUGUAUUCUGGUGGUGUGGUGUAGAGGUUCCAUUUAUUGUCCGGUAAUCUUUCAUGGAUCUUUGUAGUCUGUCUCCAAAACAUAGUGAUAGGUGGAGUUGGGAAGGCUCCCAGGAGUAGAUGUGAGAGGCUAUAAGCAGAGAAGUGGUUUCUGCCUAAGAUUAUGUAGCAAGCAGUCCCUGAAGUGUUUUUACAUGGAAGUUUUUGGUGGUUUUAAGGUUUGGCCUGGUAGCUGACAGCCAAGAGUGUCUACUUCAUCCACAUAUGACAUAAAUUUGAAAAUUAAUAGAAAAUGCUGUAGGCUUGUCAGAUGUCCCUGUGUUGUAUAGGGAAGGUGACACUUACUUCUAAGGUGGUCUGCAAAUAAAGAUGUUAAUGGGAGUUAUUGGAGAAUCUGCAGAGAACUUUCUUUAGUAUCAGAAUAUAGAAUUCACUGAUUGUGAUUUUGAGUUUGCUUUUACAUCAUCCGGUUGUAUAUUUCAGGAGAGUAAAAUAAAUUGGAGGCUGAACAAAAUUGACUUUGGUCAGUUAAGUUUCUUAUUGAUGAAGAUUUAUAUAUUAUCUCUUACCCUAAGGUUUGAGACAGUUGUGUGGUGUGUUAAUAUCUACUUAUAGUUAUUUGUACAUAGAAGAAGCAGUGAAAUCCAGUUUCAAACACCCAACUUAACCUGUCAGAAGUCAUUAACACUUAGGUUUGGGGGCACUGGGUGAAAUAUCAUUUGUCCACUUAAGCCACUUUCAAUUUUACUGUUGCUGAAGAUUUAGGGUGUACAUGCUUAACACCUAGUUUUUACUCAAAAAGAUCUUCCAGAAUGGAAAUAAUCACAGAUGUCUCAGAGUACUUAGGUACAUCAGGUUGAUAUUUGAACAAAAAUUCCAGAACUUGGGAAAGCCGCUACUAGGGUUCUUUAUCAAUAUUCAGGUUAGUAAAAUGUUGAGCUGUGGACUGCUAGAAGUUCUGCCAUGUGCUCCUGUUUAAUUUUUUGGCAAAUCCUCUGAGAUGUGGGUAUUAACCCUGUUUUGUAGCUCAGAUAUAGUGACUGAACGUUUCUUGGUGGUAGUCUGUUUUGACUUAUGUUCAUUGGUCGUUUUUCAUGUUGCCAAAAACUUGCAUGGUGAGCUUGAAUGUUUCUUUUUUCUUCCUGGAAAGUAUUUAUUGAUUUGACCAGUUUUGGAGUAUAAAAAGUCUCAAGAAGACUCACCAGUUACCUACAUUAGGAACUUUAGGGCUUAAAGAGGAGGAGAAUUUAUUUCCUAAAACGGGAAGCUCUAAAGUAGGGCGGCUUUUUGCGCUGCUGCCUUUGGCAUGUUUUCGAGCUACCUGGCCUUCCAAGUUGGCUGCUUGUAGCAUGAGAUACCAGUGUCUAGAAGCAAAGAGGAGGACUUAUUUUUUGAGAAUAAUUAAAGCUAGCCAUGGUGGCACACACCCAUAAUUCUGGCAAGUCAGAGGGCUGAGGCAGGAGGAUUUCAAAGUUUAAGGCCAGCCUAGGUAACACCAGACAGUGUCUAAAAAUAAAAAGGGCAGGAGAUGUAGCUCAAUGGUACAGUGCCCCUGGGUUCAAUUCUCAGUACCAGGAGGGGAAAAAAAUCUUUGUCAGAAAACCUAACAGCCUAUUUCAUCAGUUAUUCAGUCUGCCUAUUUCUAAAUCAAUAUUAACCAGGGAAGAAAUCACAGAAUCUGUUUAGACCAGUCAGGAUCAUUGGUAUUAAAUAAGGGCAGGGUAGAUGUUCCUGGAAGUGAAAGGGCUAUGGGAUGACAAACUUACACAGAUUCUGUAUCUAAACCUGACCUCAUGUGACUUCAUUGUAGCAUUUGACACUGCUGUGUAUAACCUCCCUCUUUCAGAGAUAAUACACACAACAUAAAUUUCACCAUUCUGAAGUAUACAAUUCAGUGGACUUUAGAAUAUUCACUGUGUUGGACAAUAGUCUACUGUCUGUAGAAUAUUUUCACCACCUGCCAAAAGAGCCCUGUACCUAUUAGUUAAUUCCUUAUUCCUUCCUCCCCCAGCCCUAGCCAAUUACUAAUCUUUCUAUAUAAGUUUUCCUAUUCUGAACAUUUGUUUUAAAUGGAAUCAUUUCAUUUUUUUUUUUUAACUGUUUCGCUUAGCAUAGUGUUUUAAAGAUCCAUUUGUCUACCUAGUGGUAUGUAAUUCAUUGGUGUCCCUGGGUGCAUAAGCCACAUUUUGUUUACUCCUCAGUUUAUGGACUUUGGGUUUCUACCUUUUGACCAUUGUGAAUAUCAUGUACAAGUUCUGUGUGAACAUAUCUUCAAUUCUUUUGUGCACACACCCAGGAAUGGGAUUGCUGGCUCAUGUGACUAUUCCACUUUUGAGAAACUGCCCAACUCUCAGUAGCUGCAUUAUUUUCACUCCUACCAGCAAUCUAUGAGGGUGUCAGUUUCUUCACUUCUCAACAUCACUGUCCCUUUUUUAUGGUAGGCAUCCUAGUGGGUAUGAAGUGGUAUUUCUUUUGUGAUUGUAAUUUGCAUUUCCCUAGUGACUAGGAUGUUGAGCAUCUUCUCAUAUUUGUUGACCAUUUGUAUAUCUUUUAAAAAUGUGUAUUGAGAUCGUUUUUUUCCCAUCUUUAAAUUGGUUUGUGUUUUUAUUGUGGAAAUGUAACGAUUAUUCUGGAUAUUAGAUCUUUACAUAGUUUGUAAAUAUCUCCAUUCUGUGGGUUGUUUUCACUUCAUCUGAUGAACAAAAGUAUUUAUUGGGUGGGGGUGUACUGGGGAUUGAACCCGGGGGGGGCUUUACUAUUGAGCUUUAUUCCCAGCCCCCCCCCCCCCUUUUUUUUAAUUGGAGACAGGGUCUUGCUAAAUUGUCAAAGCUGGCCUCAAAUUUAUGAACCUCCUCCCUCGUAGCUAGGAUUGCAGGCAUGUUUCACUAAACCCAGCUUUUUGAGUUUUCUGAGUUUGUUUCCACUGCUGGGGGUCAAACCCAGGGCCUUGUGCAUGCUAGGCAAGAGCUCUGCCUCUGAGCUGUGAAGUAGGAGUCCAUACUUACUAUUUUAAAUUUAUAGGCCUCUCUGAGCCUUCCAGUUUCCCAAGACAUCCUUCCUUGAAAUCUCCUCUUGAGUUUUUCCCUGUGAGAUCAUUCAGUGACUCACAUUUUCAUCUCUUGCCCUUAUCUCUUAUGAGGUCAGUUAUUUUACCAACCUUUUAGGCAGUUUCAUCCAGAUACACCACAGGCUCCCCAACUUCAGUGUGACCAAAACGCAACUUGAUUUGUUCUUCACAUUACCUCUCUGCUUCCCUUAGAUCUGAUAAAAGCAUCACCACUGAGGCUGGGAUGUAAAACCAACCACCAUCCAUUACAUUGCUUAAGAAACCUGGAAAGUAGGAAAAAAGCUAAUAGUUGGUUGCACAAGGAUGUAAUCCCUGUGAGGCUGAGGCAUGAAGCUCACAAGUUAAAGGCCAGCCUCAGCAGCUUACUGAGACCCUGUCUCAAAAAGGAUUAAGGGUGUAGCUCAAUGGUAGAACAUCCAUGAGUUCAAUCCCCAGUACCACAAGGUGUAAAAAGUCUGAAAGUGACCCCAAAUUGCUCUCCUACUUCCAUCAUAGCACAUCACUACUGGGUAAGUCAUGGUGACUUGACUUUAAAAAUUUAGGGGUAUUUUUGUCAUGGAAAAUUUGAAAUAUUUGCCAAAGUAGAAUGUAAUGAACCCCUGUGCACGUAUCGUGUAGCUCCAGCAGUUGGCAACUGGAGCCAGUUUUAUUUAAUUUGUAUUACUGUCCCCUUUAGCAUAACCUAACGAAUAGUAUGAUUCGUAUAUAUCUAAAGGAUGUAGACGACUAACAUCACAAUACCAUUAUACCAAAAAUAAUUAACAUUGAUUUCUUAAUAUUAUUAAAUACCUAAGAUCUCAAA